AUGGAAACAGCAGUUACGCAUAUAGGAGUAUUGAUUAAUGGAAAAAUUGUAAGAGAAGACACUACAACAAAUCUUUUAGAAAAAUUUAAAACGUCAAGCAUAGAAGAUUUGUUUCUAUCAAUAAUAUUCGCCGAAGAUAAUCUGCAGAAAAAUCCCUCAUUAAACAGAACCAAGAGAUUAUCAAUCAUUAAUAAUUCUAUUUCGCAUCAAUAUACGUCAUUGCUGAGUUCCACGUUCAAUACACAACUUAGUGAAUCCAAAAAACAAGAAAGCGUACUACUGGCACUCAUACUUAAAAACAUUUGGACUUUAACCGGAAUUUAUUCGUAA